AUGAGGCUCGUUCCAAAAUGUCUUGGACCAGAAAUACCUGCUACGCAACCGGAGCCCCUGCCGGCCUGCACCGACGCCGACCCCACCACCGCCUCUUGUUCACAGUGGAAACCGAUGCAUGCGACGACAGUUGAGGGCACAUCACGUCGAGCUCAUUGUGGGUACAUGGCGGGAGGCGGUGGUGGGGCCGGCGACGGUGCAGGCCGACGGGGGCUCUGGUGGCGUAGCAUCUCAAUCCCUCCAAUCUGCUGUACCGCCUUUUCUCACCAUCUUCCUUUCUUCGCUCCAGUUCGUUUCAGAUUCAAAAAACUCUGUGGGCUGCCGUACAGAAGCUAUUGCAGGGACAGAAUUCAUCAGGGUGAAAUUAUGGAGCAUGUUGUGGCAGAUGGUGCUGAGGUAAUGAUCGGUGAUGAUCAAUUGCUCCAGGACAAAAUAAACUCCGUUCGACUCAGUGGCCCUUCAAAACUUCAGAUUAUUGCAGAUUUUGAUGCUACACUAACAAAGUAUUGGAUUAAUGGUCAACGAGGGCAUAGCAGUCACGGCCUUCUACAACAGGGGAAACCUGAGUAUGAUCUCAAGAGGCAGAAUUUAUAUGAGCAUUAUCAUCCAUUAGAGAUUGACCCAACCAUCCCACUUGAUGAGAAAGCAAAACUCAUGGAAGAGUGGUGGGAGAAAACUCAUGCUCUUCUUAUUGAGGGAGGACUCACCUAUGCUGCCAUAAAGAGCUCAGUAGCUAAAUCAAGGAUCACAUUCAGAGAGGGUGUCACUGAACUUUUUGAACUGUUGGAGAGGAAUAAUGUUCCUGUCCUCAUAUUUUCUGCUGGCCUUGCGGAUAUUAUUGAAGAGGUGUUGAGACAGAAACUUCAUAGAUCCUUUAAGAAUGUCAGAAUUGUAUCCAACAGGAUGGUCUUCGAUCAAGAUGGUAACCUUAUAUCUUUUAAAGGCAAAACCAUUCAUGUAUUGAAUAAGAAUGAGCAUGCGAUUGACAUGGCUGGACCUGUUCAUGAUCAGCUAGGUGAUGUUAAUGGGCUAACAGCUGAUUUCUCCUCUGUGAAAUCGAGAACGAAUGUUCUGCUGCUUGGUGAUCACAUUGGAGAUCUGGGAAUGUCUGAUGGUUUAAACUACAAUACAAGGAUAUCAGUAGGAUUCCUGAAUGACAACAUCGAGAGUUCCAGUGAUAGCUAUCGCAAUGCCUUUGACGUUGUAUAUCUGAAUGAUGCUCCCAUGUGGGGAGUAGUUAAGCUUGCAUCUCAGCUUUGUUCAACUGUGGGUGAUUAA